AUGAGAAGCGAGCUUAAGGUACUUAUCUAUACCAAUGUGGUACUUCUAAUGACGGCUACUUAUAUCACAUCUGGCCUUAUUUUUUUAGUUUGUGAUGAUGCAACAUCUGGUGCCCUAACAGAUGCAGAAAUCAAUCCUCCUCGUGGGAUCCCUACUAAACCUUUAUUGAUCCCCAAGAUCAUACAUCAAACUUAUAAAGAUGAAAAUAUACCUGAGCAUUGGAAAGCUGGCCAAAAGAGAUGUAUUGACUUACAUACAGACUAUCAAUACAUUCUUUGGACUGAUAAAAUGAUAAAUGAUUUCAUGCAAGAAAAUUACCCAUGGUUUAUGGAUACAUUUUUAAGUUAUGAAUACCCUAUUGAAAGAGUUGAUGCAGUUCGUUAUUUUAUCUUAUACCAUUAUGGUGGUGUUUAUAUUGAUUUGGAUGAUGGGUGUGAAAGAAGAUUGGAUCCAUUAUUAACAGUACAAGCGUUUGUUAGGAAAACAUCACCAGUAGGUGUAUCUAAUGAUGUUAUGGGAUCAAUACCUCAUCAUCCAUUUUAUUUGAAAUUAAUGAAUUCAUUGAAUAAAUAUAGGAAAAAUGUUCAUAUACCAUAUUGGACAAUUAUGUGCUCUACAGGCCCCUUAUUUGUUAGUUUAGUUUGGAAGAAAUAUAAGAGAACUAAAGAAUCUAAGGAAUUUUUAGUUCGUAUCUUACAACCACAUGAUUAUAAAAUGCACCCAUCAUCCUUUUUUGCUAUUAGUAAAGGCUCUUCAUGGCAUACUGAAGAUGCUAAAUCUAUGAUGAAAUUAGCCACUCAUUUAUUAUCAGCAGUGGUUACAGGAUUUAUCAUUGCGUUUUUCUUAUUAUAUUUAGAAUUUUAUUUCUAUUGUUGGUUAUGUCAAAGAAAUGAUGCUAAGAAGGCUUCUUUAUCAUCAAACACAGCUUCUCCAUCAAAUCCAUCAUCUAUUCGAAGAGAAAAUCCAUCUAUUAGAAUUAUUCAUAAUGAUCCAAGAUUAUUGAAAAAAGUGUUUGGUCCAAUAUUAAGAUUAUCUCGAUUCAUACCAUUUUUAAACCCAACAAAUGUUAAUACUGAUUAUUCAAGUUUUAAUAGUGGAUCUACUAGUCCAAAUUUAAGUAAUCAUAAUCCACAUGUCCCACAUCUGAGUACUUCCAGUUUGAACCCUGCACCAUUUUCAGAAGUUGCUUAUACUAGUUCUACAAGCGAUUUUAGAAAUAAUAAUGAAAAUGAAUUUUAUGAAAUGAAUGAUAAUAUUAAAUAA